UAUCCCUACCAAUUGCAAAAAUCUCGUUCUCUGUCUCUGUCUCGAAUUAGAAUCUCCAUUUCGUAUUGCAACAUAUCUCGCCGGAGUUUAACAAUGGAUAAUCCUAUACAAGAGAUUGUGGAGAAGCAGGUUUUGACGGUGGCAAAAGUUAUGGAGGAUAAGCUCGACGAAGAGAUCGCGUCUCUCGAAAAGCUCGACGAGGACGAUCUGGAGGUUCUAAGGGAGAGAAGGCUGCAGCAGAUGAAGAAAAUGGCUGAGAAAAGGAAACGUUGGAUGAGCCAUGGACACGGCGAGUACUCCGAGAUCCAUUCGGAGAAAGACUUCUUCUCCGUCGUCAAAGCCAGCCAACGCGUCGUCUGCCACUUCUACCGCGAGAAUUGGCCUUGUAAAGUGAUGGAUAAGCACAUGAGUAUAUUGGCAAAGGAACACAUUGAGACACGUUUUGUGAAGAUCCAAGCUGAGAAAAGUCCGUUCUUGGCUGAGAGGCUCAAGAUUGUUGUUCUUCCAACACUUGCCCUCAUCAAGAACACUAAAGUUGAUGAUUAUGUGGUUGGUUUCAAUGAGCUGGGAGGGAAAGACGAUUUCAGCACAGAGGAUCUUGAAGAGAGAUUAGGUAGAGCUCAAGUGAUCCAUUACGAGGGAGAGUCAUCUCGUAAACCAAAGCCUACAACACAAACUAAGAGGAGCGUAAGGCAGAGCGCUAUUUCAGAUUCUGACUCCGAAUAGUUAGUCCCAACAUAAGGUUCUCUCCUUGGCUCACUAUCUUCAGCCUUGUUUUGUGUGUGUUGAGCUGACUUGAUUUGUUGUACUCAAAGAUUUGGCUCAUGU